CACCCACCGUGCCACCAACUCAAGGUAUUUAUAUUAACUAGGUACCUUGCCCAUCAGUCUCACUACUCCGCCCGUACCGAUUAGGUAGUCUUUGCUCUCUUUUCUACAGUCCUGUCCUGGCCUGCCCUGCCCGCAUAGGGCCCGUCUAGAGAGAAACGUACGAGUAUCUGCAACACCCACAGCACGGGAGAACUUCUUGGUCUGGAUUGCACGUCUUCAUUGAGCCAAUUACUCCAACCGCAGAGCAGGCAAGUAACCAUGCGGCCAAAAACAGUUAUUCCCCCGUGCAAAUUCUGUCGGAAACGCUUCCAACGUAAUGAACAUUUACGGCGGCACGAAAGAACACACACAAAUGAGAAACCCUACUCUUGUCACUGUGGUCAGGCCUUCUCGAGAAGCGACCUGCUCACCAGGCAUGCGAAGCUCGCUCAUGCAACGCAUGGAACCGAACGCACGACUGUGGACGACCCCGCCAAUAGCUCCACAGCAUGCAUCACCCAGGAUGACCCAUCAGACACAGGCGAGCAUGCGCGCUCUUUCCACAAUGUUGCAAGUGACGGUCGGGUAUACCAUACGGUUCCUGUAUCUAACCAAUCCAUGGCCGUUGAGAUCUCCGGCGCUCUUCACGAGCCUGGUCUGAAUAACCAGAAUAACGAGGCGGGUGACGACACUUCGACCGUUUACCACACAUCCGACGCGUCCAAUGCACACCCAAAUGUCCUGGAAUCCCUCAAUAGCCAAUUCGAAACAGGCUAUCAAACAUUUGACGAUCUUGAUAUAUUAUGGAACGAUUUCAAUUUCUAUACUCCACUGCCGAUGCCAGCUUCAUAUGCCAGCAAUUAUCCAAUGAACUUCGUGUCCAUGUCGCAAUAUGGAUUCCCUGAACUUGAUGUUGCCAUGCCCAUCAAUGCAGAGACCGUACAGGACGACCCCUAUGAGUCUGGGGUUAUGACUGCAUCAGAAUCGCGUCUCCAUUCUGGGCAAGUGCAAUAUGUCAGCGAUGAUAGAAAUGCAAAUUUCAAUCAGGAGAGAGUGCGAGCCGAUCACAUGAACACAUUUAGCACGGCAGGAGCGGAAAGGGGUGUAUCCAUGCCAUGGGUGUUAUCAAAAGAGGACUACCGGGCGGCUGGGCAUGUUCUUAGUGACUACAAUGACAUCCUGCCUACGGAUUUCGAAUUUCCGUCUCGGCACGCAAUGUGUCGUUACAUCGAGGGCUAUUUCUCGGGUUUCCAUGAACAUCUUCCGUUCAUUCACCUGCCUACAUUUAACAUUGCGACUGAAGCCCCGGAGCUAGUGUUAGCUGUUGCUGCUGUUGGCGCACGCUAUCGUUUCCAACGCCAACAGUCCCAUCAUCUCUAUGUCGCAGCUAGGAUGUUGACAGAACACCAACUCCGCUAUCGUGAUGGAGAUGAGGUCCCUACAUCAAUUUUUAGCACCCCCGGUUUGUUAAGCCACGGCCUUGCGAACCCAGACUCUCCGGUCUCAGAUAAAAGCAUCCCCAAUUCAAGGGGCAAUUCUUCCACAUAUCCACAAGCUUCGAUCCAUAGAAUAAGAGAACGGGACAUUAAGACCAUGCAAGCAAUAAUACUACUUGUGGCCCUUGGUACAUGGAAUCAUCGAUCCCUUAUCAAAGAUGCCUUUUCCUUGGCCAGUCAUCUGGCCCUGAUGCUUCGCGAAGACAAGCAUGAGCUUGACCAGGGUCCGCUCUCAGAAUCUACCUGGAGAGAGUGGGUGCGCAGCGAAGGUAGACGACGUACUAAGCUCGUUGCUUUUGCGUUCCUAAAUCUUCACUCACUCGCCUACAAUAUUACUCCCAAAAUCAUGAUAAGGGAAGUAAGUGAAGUGAUCCUACCUUCCCCUGAAUCACACUGGAGAGCUACGAGUGAGACUCAGUGGGUGUCCGCACGCGAUACCGAUCCUCACGUUAGAGUCCCUCUACGCGAAAGGCUAGCCAGUAUUCUGGCCGACAAUGUCGAAGAUGAUCGUCAGCAUCCAUCCCAUUUGUCUUCUUUCGGAAACUACAUCUUGAUACACUGCAUACUUCAGCAGAUAUUCUUCACCAGACAAUCAACAUGCCAGUCCCUCUCACUAGAUGGUCAUAUUCUCCCCUCCGAAGUUCUCUCUAAGUUUGGAAGAAUUCUUAUGAUCUGGCAGCACCAUUGGGAAGCCACGAAAGAUUCUUCGCUAGAUCCGUCUGCCCCCAAUGGUCCAUUGAGCUUCAACUCUACCGCCCUCUUUCGGCUGGCACAUCUUAGACUUCACAGCGACUUGGGUUCUUCCCUUCAACUGGACACCCGGGAUGCAGAAAGUAUCACAAGAGCUUUCCGAGAUUCUCCACUCCUAGUACGAUCUCCAGAUGCGCUUCGAGCGGCUCUUCAAUGCGUGCAGUCCUUGAGCAUCCCAAUACGCAUCGGAAUCGAGUUUGUUGCACGGACUCAAACCUUGACUUGGAGCAUCAUUCAUAGUUUGGUCAAUCUGGAGUGUGGACUAUUCCUCUGCAAGUGGCUAGAGACAGCCGCCUCGACCAUCGCUAUGAGUGAGCCACUACGGGAAGAUGAGAAAAGACUGAUUGGCAUUGUUAUAAGUACUUUAAACGAAACAGAUUUUGGAGCCGUGGUUAGAGCCGAGUCUGCUGAAAUAAGGCAACUCAAACGCAUGGAGAUGGCUAUACUUCGCCUCUGGGCACAGACCUUCAAAGGCGCUCACGUUUUUGACAUCAUGGGGACAAUUGGACAAGGGUUGGACCUCUGUGCGGAGAUGCUCCGCCAGGAGCUCGAUGAAUGUUAAUCCAAGAUGCCCUCUGCAUGUAUGUUCAGGAAUAUCUGCUAUCUAUUUUUC